CUGCCACGUCACCUCGCUAACGAGUUCGAUUCAGUGAUUGAUCUUACUAAAUUUUAAGAUCUUUCUUCUGUUACAGAUUUAGAUUUAAGUCUAUCGACGACUAGACCGAAGCAGACUGCACAAAAGAAGAGAAAAAGAGACCAAAAGCUUCAGUUUUGGAUCAUCGAGGGUUUUCCGCUGAGAUUACAUCUGGCUCCUAAUCUAGCUCCUACUCCUAGUACUACUAGUAGCUCUGAUCGUUUCUAAUGUAUGGUCUAUGCCUAUGGGGAAGGUUGACAAAUGUCACUUUUAUUCAACAAUGACCCACUAGAUGGUUAUUUCUGUCUAGUCGACGACAUGCUGUCUUUGUAAACGUGAUCAGACUGAAACAAGGUAUUGUUGCCUAUUGUCAUCACCAUUUUCCAGAGAACUACCCUUCUGUCAAGAGAAGAGGACAUCUUACACCAUGGAUGGAUUCUGCCUUCUGUACCUGCUCCUGAUCCUCUUGAUGAGAUCUGGUGACGUUGAAACCAAUCCAGGUCCCAAAACUGCAGAAAGUACUGUCAGUGAAAUGGAGUUCCUGAAGCUGGCCCAGGAUAUCCCUCCAUCUUACUACGAGGCUGUAGGGAUAUCUCUAGGGAUCCCCUAUGCUCAGCUACAGGCAAUCCUAAGUGAGAAGUUGAAGAACUAUACCAAUGCAUUACUGGAUGUCUUUAUGAAAUGGAAUGUCAAGCAGCAACCUCCACACUCAAACAAAAGACAGCUUUUGGCAGACAAACUACAAGAGAUUGACUUGGGUAGCCUAUCAGACAGAUUACUCAAUGGACCUCCAAUUCCGAACAUUACAGGAGAGCCAUCAAGACUGCAUGAAUCACAGACCAAACCUCCUUCAGCUGAUUCUCAGACCAAACCACUUUCUCCUGAACUGGUUGAGCGGUGUGCAAAUGAUUUCAAGUUCAAGUACAGGUCAACUCUCUGUAAGAUCAGAACUGAUCCUCUCGAUCCUGCUUCCACUGUGCAGUUUAAAGACAUGUAUACUAAUCUCUUCUUACAAAAAGAACAUAACAAAAAGAAGCAAAAGCUAGAUUACAAUGAUAUCCUUGAUCUCAAAGUCAAUGGAGAAUUCCCCAAGCGGAUCAUGGUUCAGGGAGAGGCAGGGGCUGGAAAAACUACAUUUUGUGCUAAGAUUGCCUGGGACUGGAUUGAAGGGAGGCAUUUUAGUCAAUUUGUGUGGGUCUUGAUCGUUCCUCUACGUGAAUAUAAGCAACGCACUAUUGGCGAGAUCGCAAAGUCUUAUCUGGAUAAAAGCAAUCCAACAACGGUUUCCCAGAUAACUAAUUAUAUCUGUUCAAAUCCUGACAAGGUAUUCAUCGCAUUCGAUGGGCUAGACGAAGUCAGUGGUAAAAUCUCACAGCCAAGUUACACGUCCUCAGAGGCAUGUGGAAGCUCAUCUGAGACUGGUGAUAUUGGACUUCAAAGUAUCCUUUGUUCAGCUCAACUUGCCUCUUGCCCAGUCUUGGUGACCACUCGCCCAUGGAGAGCAGUAGAGAUUAGAUCAGAUGGUGAUCUAAUGAAGCUGUACACAUUCAUUCAUGUUGAGGGUUUCAACAGAGAGAAUUUGUCAGAUUACAUUCACAAAUACUUUCCAGAGAAUGAGGAUAAAGCAAAUCAGCUUAUCCAGCUCACCAGUGAGAAUGAUGUCAUAUAUGAAAACAUGGCCCACUAUCCUAUAUAUGUAGCUAUGUUGUGUCUUAUGUGGAAAGAACUUGACAAGCAAAAACUAAAGGAAAUGAAACCCCUGAAAACUUUUUCUCAGAUAUUCAAAGAAAUGAUUACCUUUCUAAAAGAACAUUAUGCUCAGAAAAAGGUGAAGAAAGUAGGCAGCCCCUCACUUCUUAAAUAUUUGGGGAAAAUUGAUGAGCUCCUUCGACCGAUUGCCAAACAGGCCCUCAACGGUCUGCUAGAAAAUACCUUAGUAUUCGGUGAAGAUGAUUUCAAAGUAUGCAAAAAAUCCAAGGACAUUGCAUGUCGGGUUGGGAUUUUGUCUCAGGAGGACAGAAUUACCACUAGCAUGGACAUACAUAAGGGGACUUCUCAUGUGCAAUUGCCAGUCUUCUUCCCUCACAAGCUGUUUCAGGAGUACAUGGCUGGUGACCAUCUUGCUUCCCUGUAUGAAUCAGAUCGUAAUGAAUUCAACAGGCUGAUUGAGCAAGUAGUGAUGCCAAGGAAGGAGGAGUUUAGAUAUCUCCUGUACUUCACUGUGUCACAUAACAAAAGUAUUGCAACCCAUGUAAUAAACUCUAUGCUUCAGGGACUACCAGUAAACGGGAAUGAAUUGUUCUAUGAGGAAGUGGAACCUUUCAUGAACAGAGGGACUACACACAUAGAUUUCAUUGUUGAUGUAGCCUUUGAGAGUCUGGAUCCAGAUGUAGUAGCCUUGGUGAAGGACAGGGUUUCAUCAAUGGCAAUUACGCUGACCGUGGACAUUGACACGACUGCACACACUGUAGCUGGUUAUGCAUUCAUUGGACCACCAGUGGUAAGUUUGAUCAUACAUGUAGUUUGAUAAAC